CGAAGGCAGCCAACCGGCGCGGCGGCUUCCGCUCCGCCCCGACGGAGGCGAGGACUCUGGCAGCGCCUGGGGUUCCGGCGGCUCUGCCGGCUGCGGGCCGCGAUGCUGAAGGCCAAGAUCCUCUUCGUGGGGCCCUGCGAGAGUGGAAAAACUGUUUUGGCCAACUUCCUGACAGAAUCUUCUGACAUCACCGAAUACAACCCAACCCAAGGAGUGAGGAUCCUGGAAUUUGAGAACCCACACGUUACCAGCAACGGCAAAAGCACGGGAUGUGAAUUUGAGCUCUGGGACUGUGGUGGCGAUCCAAAGUUCGAGUCUUGCUGGCCAGCCCUGAUGAAGGACUCUCAUGGGGUGGUGGUCGUCUUCAAUGCUGACAUCCCAGGCCACCUGAAGGAAAUUGAGAUGUGGUAUUCCUGCUUCGUCCAGCAGCAGUUUUUACAGGACACUCAAUGUCUGUUAAUUGCACACCACAAACCAGGCUCUGGAAGUGACAAAGGAAACCUGGCUUUGGCACCACCCUUGAACAAGCUGAAGCUGGUGCACUCAAAUCUUGAGGAUGACCCAGAAGACAUCAGAAUGGAGUUCGUAAAGUAUUUAAGAAGCAUAAUCAACUCAGUGUCUGAGAGCAGAGACCGGGAGGAGAUGUCAAUUAUCACCUAACCGGCCUUCACCUAGAUGCUUCCGCAUCCCAAAUGAAGUCAAUUUCAGUGCAGAUCUGAAAUCCAUCCACCUACUAAGGUUCUCAUCUCCCUUUGGCUGUAGAAGACAUUUUCCUUAUUUAGCCAAAGGUAACAGUCAGCCAGGGAGUUUACUCAUACCAUCUAUUCUCUGUCCUCAGUUCAGCUGAGAAACUCUUGUUAUUGAAUUCUGAUACCUUUGCCCCAGAUCUCUCCAGAGAGCUGGAAAACUGAGGUGGUUUUUUUUUCCCCUUCACAUUAUGCCAUACUGUAAAAGUUGUGGAAUCAUAACUGUCACAGCCCAGUGAUACCAACAGUAGUUCAAUCCACGUACAUUGGUUUAAAUGUGAUUUUCAUUCCUUAAUCUGUACAAUCUGCCUAGGAUAUUCUUGAAAAAUAUUAGCAUUUAACCUCUGCAAGAUUUUAUUUUUAUUUAGGUGUCCUUGAUAUCUGGACACUGUAUCACACUGGAAGGUGGAAUACAUAUACAUCUUCUAAAAACGUUUUUUAUUAUCUCAGGGGAAUUUAAUUCUUUUUUUUUUUGAAUUUAAUUCUUAAAUAUUAUUUCAUGUAAUACAGGGAAAAACAAUGUGAUGUUGUCAUAACAACCAUUUGUAAAAAUAGUCAAAAGAUUUAAUGCUCAGGAUAAGCAAAUAUGGUGAGUUUAUAGCUUAUUGUACAAGUGAGUUUGUUUUAGUGAUCUUACGAAUUAUUGUUCUUCCAUAAUUUGUACUUUUUGAAUUUUUUAAUACAGCCAACCUGAAAAUAUAUUAAGUAGAUCAAAAGUUAGAUGUAGGGACUUCCCUGGUGCCGCAGCAGUUAAGAAUCCACCUGCCAACUCAGGGGACAUGGGUUCCAUCCCUGGUCUGGAAGAUCCCACAUGCCACAGAGCAGCUAAGCCCAUGAGCCACAACUACUGAGCCUGUGCUCUAGAGCCCGUGAGCCACAACUACUGAGCCUGCGUGCCCCAACUACUGAAGCCAGUGCGCCUAGAGCCCGUGCUCCACAACAAGAGAAGCCACCACAAUGAGACUCCCGCGUACCGCAAUGAAGAGUAGCCCCU